UUCUAUUAUCAGUCCGUGCUCAGUCUUGCAAGGGAAUACAUCAGUUCCUCGACUCUCCUUACCGUUUGGGUUUAAGGCAGAAAUCCAGGAGACACCAUGGGAGGCAAGCUGAGCAAGAGAAAGAAGGGGUACGAUGUCAGCGACCCAAAAGACAAGAAGGAGGAGAUUACUGUGGCUGCUGUGAGUGCCGUUGAGGCCUUGGCCCAUGCCGUGGAGAGCAAAGCACCAGCUCCGGUCGCUGAGUUGGUAGCGAAGGAUGCUCCUAAGGUGUCUGCUGCGGUGGAGGGAGCAGUGGAGUUGGCAGCGGUAACCAUCACAGAAGCGACAGAAGAGGCCCUGUCAGCUAUAGAGGCUGUGGCCAAGGGGGCCACCGCAGAGCCAGCGGCUGUACUAGAUGAACCUGUGGCAGCACCGGCAGAACCAGCGCCAACAGCAGAAGAGGCCGUGGCUUCAGAAGAACCAGCUGCAGCACCAGAGGAGCCAGCACCAGCUGCAGCACCAGAUGAACCUGCAGCCCCAGAAGAGCCAGUGUCGACACCGGAAGAACCUGCAGCAGUAGCAGAGGAACCAGCUGCAGCUCCAGAAGAGCCAGUGUCAGCACUGGAAGAACCUGCUGCAGCUGAGGAACCAGCAGCAUCACCAGAGGAACCUGUAACAGCACCAGAUAAAACAGAGGCACCAGAAGAACCAGCGGCACUAGACGAAACAGCAGCUGCACCAAAAGAGCCUACAGUGGAAGAGCCUGUACCAGAAGAGCUUGCUGCAGCACCAAAAGAACCUGCACCAGAAGAGCCUGCGGAAGCACCAAAAGAGCCUGCGGUGGAAGAGCCUGCGGCAGCACCAAAAGAGCAUGCACCAGGAGAGCCUGCGGCAGCACCAAAAGAGCCUGCACCAGAAAAGCCUGAGGCAGCACCAAAAGAUCCUGCACCAGAAGAGCCUGCGGCAGCCUCUGUGGGCCUAGCCGCAGCACCAGAAAAGGAUUCUGAGGCUACAGAACAAGCCACAGAGGUGGCAGACACUACAGAACCUGAGCCUGCUGCUCCAGAGCCUGAAACAGAGACUGUUACAGGGGAGGCCCCAGAACCCGAGGCUGUGCCCGAGGCACCAGUAGAGGCAGAAGCAGCUUCACCCGCACUGGAGGAGGAGCCUACAUCAGUUGCAGAAGCUGUGUCAGAGUCAGCCACAGAGGCAGCCGCAGAGCCAGAGGCAGCUGCAGAACCAGAAUCCGUCCCAGAACCAGCCGCUAAAGAGCUCCCCCUACCUGUAGAAGAAUCCGUAGCAGAGCUUGAACCUGAAGCUGCUGAUGCAGUAACAGAGGCAGCAGAGCCAGAGGCUGCCGACAUUGCAGAAUUCAUCCCGGAGAUCAUAAUUUCAGAAUCUGCUGCACCUGCUGCUGCAGAGGAGGCCAGCGCUGGGCCACAUGAGGCUGUGCUGGACAACAGGGAAGUUGUUUCCGCAGAGGAGGCUACUGCUGAGCAUUCUGCCCCUGAGGUCAAUGGGGAGUGUCAGGAGCAGGCAGCCGAGCCGGCUGCCGUGUCUGCCCCGGAGCCACAACAAAAGGAAUGUGUCAAUGGUAUUGACAAGCCAGAGGAUGCCGUUGAGGUGCAAAUUGACUGUGAAUUAAAAAAGGACUUGAACCUGACUGGCGACAUCCAUAUUCCUGAGGCAAUCGGUGAGGCAAUAAGUCAGGCUGUUGACAUGGUCUGAAGCUAAUAUAAAUGUGUCCCUAAAGUCCCUAAUGAUCCGAAAAACCUCCAACACAAGCUUCUGAAGAUAAAUAUAAAAAUGUCUGU